CCGACACAGCCACAUCCCUGCUAAAUUUAGCGUGCUGCGUGGCGCAUGUCACAAACAACGCGUCAGCUCCACGUCUUCUCUCCAGCCACUCUCCGCUUUCACUCACCAGAACAACAAAAACAGCAUCUUCAUUCCUCUGUACUUUGGCCGCUCACUACCCAGGCUUCCUCUCUGCCCACGCUCAAACACUUCAUAUCACAGAGACGUACAACUACACCGCCAUGCCGCCAGCAGCGUCGCCUCGCAACACCAGCACGCUCGCCAAAUUAGCGCGCCGGACCCUGGUCACAGCGGGGCCGGCUGUCGCCUCGCAGGCUUCGCAUCACUUUGAGCGCCGUGGAUUGAGUGUAAAUCACACCCAAGGGGUUACGCUGGGUGUCAUUGCUGCGUAUGUUGUCGUUAUUGCGUUGUUGUGGAACUUGCCGUAUGUACGGUGGGUGUUGUGGCCGUUCAAGAUGCUCGUCAUAGCCUUUCAUGAAUUCUCCCAUGCAAUAACAUCCUGCUGUACCGGCGGGCGAGUGGAGUCCAUUUCCCUCGAUCCCCAUGAAGGCGGUGUAACGCAUAUGCGCGGCGGCAAGCAAUUCAUAACUCUGCCUGCUGGCUACUUGGGCUCCUCUUUGAUAGGUGCUCUGCUGACCUUCUGCGGCUUUAAUAUCGUGGCGUCCAAAGUAGCGAGUAUAGUGCUAGGCGUUUGCUUCUUGCUGACACUUUGGUGGGCGAGAAAAGACUGGUUGACUAUCGUCACGAUUCUUCUCAGUGUAGGGCUACUGGUAGCCUUCUGGUUCAUCGAACAUGGCGAGGCAUUGAGAUUCAUGGUCCUUUUCAUCGGCGUCAUGUCUUCUCUCUACAGCGUCUGGGAUAUCUGUGACGACCUCAUCCUCCGCAAGGUCAACUCGUCUGAUGCUAGCGUCUUCGCUAAGCGGUAUGGCGGUUCGUCGCAAUGCUGGGGUGUCAUUUGGUCGCUUGUUUCGUUGGUGUUUAUGGUAUGCGGGAUCCUCGCCGGGUUGGCAGCCUUUAAACAGAGCUUCGAACAGCAAGAGAAGGAUAGUCAAGACUUUAUUCCUACGGUACGGAUGAUGAUGAGGGUGUGAUUUGUCGUCUAAUAAAAGACCUUUUCUGGAUUGGCGUCUGGGGAUUUGGCAUGCGUAGUUGGUGAUGGUUGAUAUACCCGUAUAGCAUUGAGUCUUGCAAAA